AUGGCUAACUAUCUCGCCUCCAUCUUCGGUACCGAACAGGACAAGGUCAACUGUUCCUUCUACUACAAGAUCGGCGCCUGUCGACACGGAGACCGAUGCUCUCGCAAACAUGUCAAGCCCUCCUACUCGCAGACCAUCCUGAUGCCCAACAUGUACCAGAACCCGGCCUACGACCCGAAGAGCAAGAUGAACCCGAGCCAGCUGCAGAAUCACUUUGACGCCUUCUACGAGGACGUGUGGUGCGAGAUGUGCAAGUACGGCGAGCUGGAGGAGCUCGUCGUGUGCGACAACAACAAUGACCACCUCAUUGGCAAUGUUUACGCCCGCUUCAAAUACGAGGAAGACGCGCAAGCCGCCUGCGAUGCGCUGAAUUCGCGCUGGUACGCCGCCCGGCCAAUAUACUGCGAACUAUCGCCCGUCACCGACUUUCGAGAAGCCUGUUGUCGAUUAAAUAGUGGCGAGGGAUGCGUCCGCGGCGGGUUCUGCAACUUCAUCCAUCGGAAAGACCCCAGCCCGGAGCUCGAUCGCGAGCUGCGCCUCAGCACGAAGAAGUGGCUCAAGGAACGCGGUCGCGAUGCCCGCAGUGUCAGUCGCAGUCCGAGUCCGGAGCCGACUCGACGGAGGUACUGA